CUCUCUCUCUCUCUCGAAUGAAUAUGCAGGAAUCACCGAGCAUCUUAAUGGGGUCUCCUCUGUUCAGUCCCUCGUCGGACGAGCGAUUCUGGAGCGCUCUCAGAAAUCGUAUUGACGGGCUUCUCGAGGAGCGAAAUUCCAAAACCCCUACUCUUGAUCGCACUCUAAAUAUGAAUGUUGGAGAUUCUGGACGUGCAAAACGGUUGAAGGAAGAUGCAUUGCUUUUGAUAAGAGGGUUUGACUCUGUUGCUCACACUCUCUUUCAGCUAUCUAACAAUUUGGAUACUGCUCUUCAGGGAGCUAAUGAUCUCGCAAAACCACCCACCUUAAUAGAAAUAUUCCACAACAGUUUGAAGAAACCAGAGUCAGAGUCAGAAAGUAAAGAAGAGAAUUCAGGUAAACAACAAAAUGAAGGAGGAGAGACCAAUAAAGGAUUGAAGAGAAAGUACGACCAUUGCUCAGAUGAUCAAGGAGAAAAAGACUCAAAGAAAGAGAAAGAGCAGAGCCAAAAAGAUGGGAAGCUUAAGAAAGCCAAAAAUCUUGCAAUUUCUAUGGCAACAAAAGCAGCUUCACAUGCUAGGGAACUGAAGUCAAUUAAGUCGGAUUUAUGCUUUAUGCAAGAGCGAUGCUCACUCUUGGAGGAGGAGAACAUAAGGCUCAGAGAUGGAUUCUCUAAGGGGAUAAGACCCGAGGAAGAUGAUCUGGUGAGGCUUCAAUUGGAGGCACUGCUGACUGAGAAAUCAAGAUUGGCAAAUGAGAAUGCAAACCUUAUAAGGGAAAACCAAUGCCUCAACCAACUUGUGGAGUACCACCAGCUGACCUCUCAAGAAGACUUCUCUAAUGCUUCCUAUGAACAAGUCAUUCAGGGAUUGUGCUUAGACUUCUCGUCUCCGCCCCCGCCUAUACCAGAAGAGGAAGCAACGGAUGAGCAUCACGAUUGUGAUGCUGCUGUCGAAUGCUUUGAAACACCGGUCGGCAAUCUUUUUGGCUUCUCUGAUGGUCUCAAUGAGUGCGACGAUCAUCACUAAAGGCUGACCUUUGAGUGAUUCAAAUGCUGACCGAGUUUUUUUACUUUGCAAAUUGUUUCAUUUUGGAUUCGGAAAUAAAGUAUCCCCUGUAAAGUUUCGAUGAUUAUACACGGAUUCAAGUCACUAGUUUAUUUCAAUAUUGAAGAUGGUAUCUAAUCAAUCAGAUUGUGCCACACCA